AUGUGUUUUGGCAGUCGGAAAAAGAAUGAGGAAGGAAAUGCUCGAUCGCGGGAACUAGAUAAGAUCAUCCGCCAAGAUGAGAAGCGCAUGUCCAGAGAAGUUAAGCUGCUCCUCUUAGGUGCCGGCGAGUCGGGAAAGUCUACGGUGCUCAAGCAGAUGAAAUUGAUCUAUGCACAAGGAUUCAGCAAGACCGAGAAGUUGGAAUGGAAGCCCGUCGUGUUCAACAAUAUCAUUCAAUCCUUGCGCGUCAUCUUCGACGCCAUGGCCGAUUAUAACAUCAAAUUCGAAAAUAAAGACAACGAGAGAAAUCAAUCGCUGCUUCUGGUUGACAUCGAGAUAUCGGCACAUGAUUCUAUGCCUCACGAGUAUCUUGAGCCGGUCAAAUCCCUCUGGACCGACGGCGGAGUGCAAAAAGCCAUCUUAAAAGGCAACGAAUAUGCACUUCACGACAAUUUAUCAUACUUUUGCGAAGAGGCCGACCGACUAUGGGCACCCGAUUAUGUUCCCUCCGACCAAGAUCUGCUGCGAUCGCGAUUAAGGACGACCGGUAUUACCGAGACUAUCUUCGACUUGGGCCAAUUGACCUACCGAAUGUUCGAUGUUGGUGGCCAGAGAUCCGAGCGAAAGAAGUGGAUCCACUGCUUCGAAAAUGUCAAUGUCCUUUUGUUCCUGGUUGCGAUUAGUGGUUACGAUCAAUGUUUGGUCGAAGACAAAGAUGGCAAUCAAAUGAACGAAGCACUGAUGUUGUGGGAAUCCAUCGCGAAUUCGCAUUGGUUCACCAAAUCCGCCCUCAUCCUCUUCCUCAACAAGAUGGAUCUCUUCCGCGAGAAGAUCACAUCGAGCCCGAUAACGGCGCAUGGCUUCGUCGACUACCAAGGCCCGCCAGACGAUUACAAGCAAGCGAGCAAGUACUUCAUGGACAAGUUCCGAGCCCUCAACCGAAACCCCGAGAAGGAGAUCUACGGCCAUUUCACCAAUGCGACGGAUACCAACUUGCUAAAAAUUACAAUGGGCUCGGUGCAGGACAUGAUCAUUCAGCGCAAUCUGAAGCAGCUGAUACUGUGA